UCUGUGAUGAUGUUACUAACUCGCAGUUGUAACAAACGGUAUCAACCUUAAAAUCUAGUAUGACGUUUAUUAUACAAGCAGCUGCUUACGUUAUAUUAAAAUAUAGUACUUGUGGCGAUCAGCUCGAGCGACACAGUUGAAUUUCAACCGACUCGUAAAGCGAACCAUUGUUAUACUGUACUUUUUGUGUUGUACUACCAAGCUGUAAAGGAAUACAAUGACGGAUCUAACGGAGUUACGAAUGAACGUGGCUGCUCUGAAACGCGUAGACCCUUAUGUGAAAGAUAUACUGGAAACUGCGACGCACGUAGCGCUGUACACUUUUAACGCGGUCAACAACGAGUGGGAAAAAACUGACAUCGAGGGUGCUUUAUUCGUAUACUCGCGAAAUGGCGAACCCUACAACAGUGUUCUUAUUAUGAAUAGAUUAAAUACAAAUAACCUAGUGGAACCAGUUACACAAGGUUUAGACUUACAACUUCAGGAACCCUUUUUACUCUAUAGAAACACCAGAUACAAUAUCUAUGGUAUUUGGUUUUAUGAUAAAUUGGAAUGUGUACGUAUCGGUGCAAUGUUGAACAAACUUGUUAAAGACUCAGAAGAAAAUCGCAAGGCGGGCAAUAAACCUGCAGUCAGUGUUAAAAAGAAUUCUGGACCUAAUAUAAACAAUGUCGAUAUAUUCAGUAUGCUCAGUAAAGCCCAAGAAGAUUUUAAUACUAAUAGAAACAACAGUGGCAGCAGAGGAAGUACUAAGGAAGGGCUUGACUCCAAGUCCCCUUUGGUUACUCCUAUAACCAAGAAUCUAUCUGGACCGCUAACUGCUCCAUUAGGCCCAGAUGUUACUUCACAGAGUGUAAUGGACUUUUUUGCAAAGGCUAAAGUUAAUACUGGACAUUUUAAGGCUGGAGAUCAACCUACAGCAGGUUGUACUAUUGUGAAUGAAAGCAAACCAUUACUUGCACGUUUAAUGUCACAUCCUGCAGCACAUACAGUGGAACAUAUUGAAAAGCAACAUAGAUCUAUAACUCCACAACCAACUACUCAACAGCAGUCUCAAGUGACUCCGACUACUAUAAUGACGUCAAAUAAUGCAGGUAGUUCUUCUGCUUUGAACAGAUCUAAACGACGGAGCAAGGUAGUUGCUCAACAAGAUUCGAUGAUAUCAACACCCGCGUCUAUAAACCAAGAUGUUCCAUCAUCAGUAAAUCAAAACACUACCGAUACAAAUGGCACAACAGGAUUUCUUAGGAUACAGUCCCCGACAAAUGCACUAUCUUCUAAUUCAACGAAUCAUCAGGCCUCAGAUAUUAUUGGAUCUAGUAAUUCAAAUCCGCUUGCAUCUUUGUUCGCUCAUGCAUCUGCGACAACGGCAUCAGAAGAUAUUAUCACGGCACCUACUUUAUCAGGAAAAGGAUCGGCACCAGCGCUAAUACCUCCUGUUAUGUUCGCUGCACCUAGUCCGCCCGAACCCUUAGCGAGACCAUUAGAACCAUUGACAAGGAAUCAGCUUCUUCAAGCUUUUAACUAUUUAUUGAGAAGUGAUCCAGAUUUUAUUCACAAACUACAUGAAGCUUACGUAAAAUCAUUUGGCGAAAUUCUAUCCUAAAACUAUCAAUUG